AAGUGCGGCGGGCGGUUGGAGAGUCCUCGCCCCGCCCCCGCCUGCUUUCCGGUACUCUGGAGGCGGGAGCAGGCUGGGACCCAGCGCUGGGCGCCGCUUAACACCCACUCCCCGUCGCCGGUACCAUGGAGGCGGCGGUGGAUGCCGAAGUCGAACCUGAGGAUGGCGACAGCAGCUGCGGAGACGUGUGCUUCAUGGACAAAGGCCUGCAGAGUAUAUCAGAGUUAUCUUUAAAUUCAACACUUCAUGCCAUCAAUCUGCAUUGUAAUAACAUCUCCAAGAUCACAUCCAUUGAUCAUAUUUGGAACCUACGACAUUUAGAUCUGUCAUCUAAUCAAAUAAGUCAAAUUGAAGGACUAAACACACUGACAAAACUAUGCACUUUAAACUUGUCCUGCAAUUUGAUCACAAGAGUGGAAGGACUUGAAGCACUGGUUAAUCUGACUAGACUGAAUUUAUCUUAUAAUCACAUAAAUGAUCUUAGUGGGUUGAUGCCUCUUCAUGGACUGAAGUAUAAACUUAGAUAUAUUGACCUACAUAGUAAUUGUAUAGAUAGUAUCCAUCACUUACUUCAGUGUACAGUAGGCUUGCACUUCCUAACCAAUCUUAUUUUAGAGAAAGAUGGAGAAGGCAAUCCUGUCUGUCUUGUACCAGGGUACCGAGCAAUCAUCCUCCAGACUUUGCCACAACUGAGAAUCUUAGAUUGCAAGAACAUAUUUGGUGAACCAGUAAAUUUGGAAGAAAUCAACUCAACACGCCUACAAUGCUUUGAAGGACUUUUGGAUAACUUAGUUUCUUCUGAUUCCCCCCUGAAUAUAAGUGAAGAUGAGGUCAUUGACAAUUUGCCGAUGGCAGCACCACCCAUGGAUGUACUGCCUCCUUUGGAGCAGUUUACCACUACACCAGAAGAUAAUGUUUUGACCUCGCUUUUAUCUGUGUGUCCAUCUUCUGAACCAGAAAAAAUUAAUCAUGAAAACGAUUUUCAGAAUGAAAUGAAACUUCAGAAAUUGGAUGAUCAAAUCUUACAGCUUCUCAAUGAAACUUCUAAUUCUAUAAUAGAUAAUGUUCCUGAGAAAGACAGCCCAAAAAGAGACACAGAUAUAACUUCUGAAAGUGACUACGGAAACAGAAAAGAGUACAUCCGAAAAGCUCCUAGAAGAACAAAAAUCCCGUAUUAUGCCAGAACUAUUCAAACUAUUAAGCACCACAAUAAAAACAAUGGUGCUUUUGUAAGUUGUAAUCGCAAAAUGAGACAGCCUUACCUUAAAGAUUUAUAUGUAAGAUCAUCUUUAGUAAACUGUAAUAUUUUAAGAGACUCAGACGAGCAGAAGACUGACAUAAUUAAAGUAGACAAAAGUAUCUCGGACGACAACACUUAUCGGUCCCUCUUGGAACAGUUAGACCAAGAGAGAGAGAUGAGGUGGAAAGCUGAGCAAGCUGAAAAGAAACUUAUAGAUUAUAUCGAUGAGCUGCAUAAGCAAGCGAGUGAGAAAAAAGAUGUUCACAGCCUGGCUCUCAUCACUACAAAUAGGCUAAAGGAUGUUAUUUUUAAGGAGAGACAUUCCAAGGCUCAACUUGAAAUGAUAGUUCACAGACUUCAAAAUGAAGUUAAAAAACUAACUAUUGAAUUAAUGAAGGCACGAGGUCAACAGGAAGAGCACCUCAGACACUUGAGAACUCUGGAAAAGGCCUUGGAAAAAAUGGAGAAGCAGAAAGCACAGCAGCAGCAGGCACAGAUGAGACUUAUCCAAGAGGUGGAGCUCAAAGCCUCGGCUGCUGAUCGAGAAAUAAACUUACUAAGAACUUCUCUUCACCAAGAAAAGGAGCAAGUGCAGCAACUUCAUGAACUUCUGGCAUUGAAAGAACAGGAACACAGGAAAGAAAUUGAAACUAGGGAGUUUUUCAGUGAUGCUGAGCUCCAGGAGGCAUUGGCUAAAGAAAUGUCCAAAGAAGAAAGAAAGCAUGAGCAAGAAGUAAAAGAAUACCAAGAAAAAAUUGAUAUAUUAAACCAGCAGUAUUUGGAUUUAGAAAACGAAUUCCGUAUUGCUUUAACUGUUGAAGCCAGAAGAUUUAAAGAUGUUCAAGAUGGUUUUGAAGAUGUUGCAACUGAGUUAGCCAAGAGCAAACAUGCUCUUAUUUGGGCCCAACGCAAAGAAAAUGAAUCCUCCUGUUUAAUUAAAGAUCUGACCUGUAUGGUGAAAGAACAAAAGACAAAACUCUCGGAGGUCUCCAAAUUGAAACAAGAAGCAGCAGCCAAUUUACAGAAUCAAAUCAACACUCUUGAAAUCUUGAUUGAAGAUGACAAGCAGAAGAGCAUUCAAAUAGAAAUUCUUAAGCAUGAGAAAACCCAGCUUAUUUCUGAGCUAGCAGCCAAGGAGUCGCUGAUUUAUGGUUUAAGGACAGAACGAAAAGUAUGGGGCCAUGAACUGGCACAUCAGGGCUCGUCACUAGCUCUGAGUCGCGGGAAAUUAGAAGCCCAAAUUGAAAGUUUAUGUAGAGAGAAUGAAUCUCUGAAAAAAGCCCACGAAAGUGACUGUGAUGCAUUGAGAAUAAAAUGCAAAAUCAUUGAGGACCAAACUGAAACCAUCAGACAAUUAAAAGAUUGUUUACAAGAAAAAGAUGAGCAAAUCAAAUUACUACAAGAAAAGAUCGCUUUUAUAGAAAAAUGUACUCAAGAACAACUUAAUGAAAAAUGUUCACAACUAGAUAAUGUGAUUGAAAAAUUAGAAAGACACAAUGAGAGAAAGGAAAAACUAAAACAACAGUUGAAAACAAAGGAACUAGAACUGGAAGAAAUCAGAAAAGCUUAUAGCACACUAAAUCAGAAAUGGCAUGAUAAAGGAGAACUACUCUAUCAUCUUGAAACACAAGUAAAAGACGUAAAAGAAAAAUUUGAAAACAAGGAAAAGAAACUUAAAGCAGAGAGAGACAAAAGUCUUGAGCUACAAAAGGAUGCAGUAGAAAAGCUUCAGAGCAUGGACGAUGCCUUUAAAAAACAAGUUGAUGCAAUUGUUGAAGCUCAUCAAGCUGAGAUAACACAACUAACAAAUGAGAAGCAGAAAUACAUUGAUUGUGCAAAUUUAAAGGUUCAACAAGUUGAAGAAGAAAUGCGAGGACUUCUGGAAGAAACAUCCAAGAACAAAAAAGUAAUGGAAGGAAAAAUUAAGCAACUUGUUUGUGCUCUAAGUGAAAUUCAGAAAGAAUGUGAUGUUGGUAGGAACCAAUUUAAUUGAAAUGGACCAACAGACCUAUUGUAAAAAUGAUUAAAUACUGUAACAGUAGCAACUGCUAUGACUUUGAAAUGUCUCUUUCUACACAUUUCAUUAUGAAUAUAUUUUAAGAGACUUGAUGAAAUAAUUGUAUGUGUAGAUUUUUUAUAAUAAACUAUUGAUAACUAUA